UAAAAACCCUGCAAAGUGAGUGAGCAAGCAGUGUUCAGAUACGCAGCUGGAGCAGAGAGACCUUGUAUGUUCAUCAACCAAACUUUGCUACCGUUUCAAGAAUGAACCGAUUUUGGGCCUUCCUCGCAUUGGUGUCAGCCGUUUUUGCUAUUGCAAAGGGUGGGUACAUGUACAUAUGUGAAAACCAAGAUUCCACUAUCAGCUGCCCGAGUAAUCUAAAAGUCCGGAUCGAUUUUGCAUACUACGGACGGUUACAUCAAAGAAACUGCACAACCGGGCCGAUGAAAACAGUAGAAUGUCGUGCAGAAAGCUCUGAAAAGAUCGUGAAGAAUCUUUGUAACAACCAGCAAUCGUGCACGUUGAAGGCGAACAACAAGGUCUUUGGUGACCCCUGCGUUGGAACAUUCAAGUACUUGCAUGUGAAGUAUUGCUGUUCAUAAAAGCCUCGAUGCCAUUACCUGACCAAGAGACUUUUUGCGCUAUGCUUGCUUAAUCUCUUGCUGCAGAGCUCUCUCCAUGCUGUACUCUGAUGUUUAACAAUAUAUCCACAUGAAAAGUAUCAUUAAUUCAG